ACGUACUACGUACCAUAAAGGGCGAAAAAAGCAACAAAAACCUCCACCGUUAGGAGGUGGGGGGCGACAGAGCUUUAAGACCUUCGCCGUUUGUUGUGGCAUGUGUCGUAUGACUUGCAUAUUCUGCGCUUUCCAUUUUCUCAAGUCCCGUUGCAGAUUCUGCUAUUUUUUUUCGGGUUUCGUGGAAUUAGUGUGCCCCGUAUCGUUGCUGGUUGAGCUGUACAUUUUGCCUGUGGUGUUCAAUUUUAUCCAAAAUGGAUCCCGAUUUGGCAGCUCCGGGUUAUACCCUGGAAAUUCCAGAGAAUGCUGAAUCAUUUCUAAACGCGAUGGCCAAUGAUACUGUCGAACAGCCUACUUCGGCCUUCGCGAAUGCUGUGUUCCAAGGAAUGAUCAAGGAAACGGGUCAAACAGUACCGCAUCGUUUGUUGGGUGUUGGUCCGCAGUGCCACUUUGGGGAAAGUAGAAGCAUGGCUUUUUAAACUGUUGCCUGCGAAGGUUGAAAAUAAACAAUAACAAUGGUGUCUGAUUAAUCAGGCAGUGCAAGAUGAACAGGGAUCGAAAUACGGCGAAGAUGCAGAUUUUACGGUACACUCCAAUGAUUCACUGGGGCCGCUUAACUGGUCAAAAUCAUAAAGGGUGGCAUUUUACAGGCUGUUUCUGAACUACUAUCUGAUGUACCUACGCUGGUAGAAGUAAGUUCGCUAGGAAUAUUCUGAUAAUUGUGUGAAAAAGAUGACCAGAUUACGCUUUCAGAAAAGAUUGAUUUAGCGAUAAUGCUUUCUCCCAGCGGAAAGCACCAAAUGGCCAAAUUCCUGCCCAUAUAUUUACAUGAGAGCAAGGGCGGUUUUAUAAAAGUGAGCGGAAACAGUGAAGACAUGCUGUUUGCAAAUCACCGCCGUAAAGAUAUCGGAGACCAAUUACGGGCACGUUUCCGCUAUAAGCGCAUGGUACGCGCCCUGAACCGAUAUGACUGGAAGUGCCUGUGGGGAUCCUCUGGUGUCGGAUUGCAGUGGGCAAUCUGGUAUAUGUAAUUGGCCGAGAAGAAGUGCCCGAUAUACCGAUUGUAUUCAACAGAUGAUGACGAAAUCGCUGCGGUUGAAAAAAAAACCGUUAAAACCAACGAAGCAUAUGAUUAUCCCCUGAAAUUCUGGGAUCUGAACGUUACAACAAAGGCAUUUUCCAUUGGGCUCGGCUACGUGCACCAAAGCCUCAUGGACCAGCUUCCGACUGUUGUAGGCAUGGGAAAGGCACGCCUGGAAAGACUGAACAAGGAUGAAGAAUAUUGGGAUCAACUCGCUCAGAAUGACACGCUGGAUAUGUCCGAUGCAGAAGACAACUUUUCGUACGACCUUGACGAUGGAGCCUCCGAUUUUAUGGAUGAUGACAGAAGCUCAAAUUACACACCAGAUCCUGAUGAGAACACAAGCUCUUCUUAUGAUUCCAUGCAGACUAAUGAGUACGCUGCAGAUGACUGACAACUGGUCACGAGCGGAAGGGAGUGGAUUUGGAUUUGGUUUAAUUUAUCUUCCAGCCAUCGUUAGCGUUACGCAGUGGUUUGAGAAAAAGCGAGCCUUUGCAACUGGCAUUGCUGUGUGCGGAUCUGGAGCCGGAACGUUUAUUUUUUCUCCACUAUCGAAGAAACUGGUUUAUAUGUAUGACUGGGAUGGAGCAUUGCUGAUCAUUGCUGGCAUAAUCUUCAACUGCUGUGUUUUUGGUGCAUUGUUUCGCCCAGUGGAAUACAACACUGUGGCCACCGUGACAACCGUCCAAGAUGAGGAAACCAACUCUAAUUGUAAGACUGAAGUGGUUGAAUUAUCGGUGCGUAAGCAUAAAAUCAGCACUAGCAGUCUAAAAGACAAGUAUGGAACCGGUGCUGCGGAAUUGCGGCCGUUGAGUGCGUCGAGUAUUGCCAAGUCGGAUACUCAUAUCCAUGUGCCCGAUGGCCCACGACCUGGAAGAAUCUCGCCUGGUACAGAGCCGCAUUCGUUUCUGAGACAAACCAGCUCAUCUGAACGAAUGUCCCAUGGGCGCUCGCGAUCCCGGCUGCGCUUGGAAACCAUCGGAGUUGAAGGAGAAGUGACCGACGUGAAAGAAGUGGAAGUUCCUCCAUUGGCUCAUCGCGAUGCUCUGUACACUGGUUCUCUGGCAAACAUUGCCGAAUACCGUGAUAAUCCUGGAAAAUUCCGGGAGAGUAUGUUGGAUAUAUCCAAAGCAGUGGUAAUUAACUCAUCGGGCGAUCUAACCUCCAUCGACGAGACACCUCAGCCAGAAAAUUUGUCGGCAUGGGGCAAAGUGAAAAUUGCUGUGAAGGAAACGCUGGACCCGGCGUUGUUGACGGAUUGGGUGUUUCUGUAUUUUACGGUCAGUAACUUUUUGACCAGUUUAGCCUUUCAAGUCCCGUACAUCUUCCUUCCGGAUCGAGCGGAAAAAAACCUUGAAAUCGAAGGGGAAGAUGCUGCAUUCUUACUGUCCAUUAUUGGUCUGGCUAAUAUCGCCGGAAGGCUGAUAUUUGGCUUCCUGUCGGAUCGACCGCAGAUUAACCGGUUGUGGUUGUACAAUGGAGCAGUGACUACUGCUGGAGUGGCCAUGUGUGUCAGCGUUUGGUGCCUUGAUUAUGCGACGCUCGCAACAUUCGCCACAGUUUUUGGUUUAUUUAUUGGUGCCUUUGUUACGCUUACGUCCGUUAUUUUGGUGGCGUUUACUCUGGAGAAGUUAACCAAUGCAUUCGGGAUUUUGCUGUUCUUCCAGGGUACAGCUUCCUUCAUCGGGCCUCCACUAGCAGGUAUAUUGAGAGAAAGUUCAGGCGACUAUGAUUCAGCCUUUAUUGUGUUUGGGAUUAUGAUGGCAGUGAGCGGGGCAAUGUUGUUCUUUAUCCCUUUCGUGCGAAAGGGAGAAAAAUCGUUCAGAUCCCGCCGGCACAAGGACCGAGUGGGUGUGCUCGUGGCGGCUGACGAUAAAGUUAAUGGCCGCGCUAAUGCUCAGAAUGGGACUCUCGCCGAACGCAGCGUCCUGCUGGAAACGGAUAGACGGAGGAAACACCGCGUGAGAUUGUCGUGCCAGCCAUUGUAAUCAACGACAGCAGCACUUUGCCGGCAACUGCCGCGGAAAUUACUGCCUAGAAAGUCCUGGAAAUUGCCUUAGCGGUUUCGUUGUUGUUGUUGUAACCCUAAUUAUUUCACUCCUUCUGAACUGAUGCGUCAAGAAUCAACGCUACGAUGCUGUGAUUUUGUUAACCUUGGUGUUUGUGGUAUUCCGUGUAGCAUAGUACUAGUUUGGUUGAUUUGGGGAAUCCAACGUUUACGGGUACGAUAAUGCUCUGUUUGCAAAUCAAAAUGAUGGUUUUGUUAUUGCUGUUAUUGAUAUAGUUUCGAGAAAGUUGCAUUUUGCCUUUUUUGAUGUGAUCCUUUGCGUAGUUUUUCAUAUUAGUACGACAUCGUGCAUCACGAAAAGAGGUUUUCAAUGAAGUGUUGACUUCUGGA